AUGAGAGGUCACAGAGGUCCGGGCCUCACAGAGGUCACAGAGGUCAGGGCCUCACAGAGGUCACAGAGGUCAGGGCCUCACAGAGGUCACAGAGGUCAGGGCCUCACAGAGGUCACAGAGGUCACAGAGGUCACAGAGGUCACAGAGCUCACAGAGGUCACAGAGGUCACAGAGCUCACAGAGGUCACAGAGGUCCGGGCCUCACAGAGGUCACAGAGGUCACAGAGGUCCGGGCCUCACAGAGGUCACAGAGGUCACAGAGGUCCGGACCUCACAGAGGUCACAGAGGUCACAGAGGUCCGGGCCUCACAGAGGUCACAGAGGUCCGGACCUCACAGAGGUCACAGAGGUCACAGAGGUCAGGGCCUCACAGAGGUCACAGAGGUCCGGGCCUCACAGAGGUCACAGAGGUCAGGGCCUCACAGAGGUCACAGAGGUCCGGACCUCACAGAGGUCACAGAGGUCCGGGCCUCACAGAGGUCACAGAGGUCAGGGCCUCACAGAGGUCCGGGCCUCACAGAGGUCACAGAGGUCAGGGCCUCACAGAGGUCACAGAGGUCCGGGCCUCACAGAGGUCACAGAGGUCUGGGCCUCACAGAGGUCACAGAGGUCUGGGCCUCACAGAGGUCACAGAGGUCCGGGCCUCACAGAGGUCACAGAGGUCCGGGCCACACAGAGCUCACAGAGGUCCGGACCUCACAGAGGUCACAGAGGUCCGGGCCUCACAGAGGUCACAGAGGUCACAGAGGUCCGGGCCUCACAGAGGUCACAGAGGUCCGGGCCUCACAGAGGUCACAGAGGUCCGGGCCUCACAGAGGUCACAGAGGUCCGGGCCUCACAGAGGUCACAGAGGUCACAGAGGUCACAGAGCUCACAGAGGUCACAGAGGUCCGGGCCUCACAGAGCUCACAGAGGUCCGGGCCUCACAGAGGUCACAGAGGUCAGGGCCUCACAGAGGUCACAGAGGUCCGGGCCUCACAGAGGUCACAGAGGUCAGGGCCUCACAGAGGUCCGGGCCUCACAGAGGUCACAGAGGUCCGGGCCUCACAGAGCUCACAGAGGUCCGGGCCUCACAGAGGUCACAGAGGUCAGGGCCUCACAGAGGUCACAGAGGUCCGGGCCUCACAGAGGUCACAGAGGUCAGGGCCUCACAGAGGUCACAGAAGUCCGGGCCUCACAGAGGUCACAGAGGUCUGGGCCUCACAGAGGUCUGGGCCUCACAGAGGUCUGGGCCUCACAGAGGUCUGGGCCUCACAGAGGUCACAGAGGUCCGGGCCUCACAGAGGUCACAGAGGUCUGGGCCUCACAGAGGUCUGGGCCUCACAGAGGUCUGGGCCUCACAGAGGUCACAGAGGUCCGGGCCUCACAGAGGUCACAGAGGUCCGGGCCACACAGAGCUCACAGAGGUCCGGACCUCACAGAGGUCACAGAGGUCCGGGCCUCACAGAGGUUACAGAGGUCCGGGCCUCACAGAGGUCACAGAGGUCCGGGCCUCACAGAGGUCACAGAGGUCCGGACCUCACAGAGGUCACAGAGGUCCGGGCCUCACAGAGGUCACAGAGGUCCGGGCCUCACAGAGGUCACAGAGGUCCGGGCCUCACAGAGGUCCGGGCCACACAGAGCUCACAGAGGUCCGGGCCUCACAGAGGUCACAGAGGUCCGGGCCUCACAGAGGUCACAGAGGUCAGGGCCUCACAGAGGUCACAGAGGUCCGGGCCUCACAGAGGUCACAGAGGUCCGGGCCUCACAGAGGUCACAGAGGUCCGGGCCUCACAGAGGUCACAGAGGUCACAGAGGUCACAGAGGUCCGGGCCUCACAGAGGUCACAGAGGUCAGGGCCUCACAGAGGUCACAGAGGUCCGGGCCUCACAGAGGUCACAGAGGUCACAGAGGUCCGGGCCUCACAGAGGUCACAGAGGUCAGGGCCUCACAGAGGUCACAGAGGUCCGGGCCUCACAGAGGUCACAGAGGUCCGGGCCUCACAGAGGUCACAGAGGUCCGGGCCUCACAGAGGUCAGAUCAGUGUAA